AACCGGUGUCCAGUCGUUCUCCACCUCCGCUCCUCUUUCUGAAGACGCCCCAAGUUGUUGUCCUCCAUCCUAUUUUUCCACUUCAUCUUUAAACUUAUUUUGACUUUUCAUCCCUCAUUUCGGCUUUAUAACUACUCCCCCCCCCCCCCCCUCCCCAGUGGACUUUCCCCUGCAGACACCGGCUCCUUGGCUUCACUUUCCCCCCACCAGCACCACCACCACCACCAUCACCACCAUGCUGCAGAAUGAACACUUGCGCCGCUGAGACCUGUUGAGCGAUGUGAGACUCGGAACGCCGCAGAAGGGGAAUAGAAAAAGUUUUGCAUCCACUUUACGCACGAUGACCGAGGAGAGCCGGAGCGAGCACAGGGCUGAAAGCGGGAAGGACCUGGAGAAACAGCUGCGGUUGAGAGUGUGCGUCCUGAAUGAACUUGUCAAGACCGAACGGGAUUAUGUCGGGACGCUCGAGUUUCUGUCGGUGUUUCUACAUCGUCUCAACCAGUACGCGGCCACCAAAAUCGACAAGAACAUCACAGAGGAAACGGUUAAGGUUUUAUUCUCCAACAUCGAGGAGAUCCUGGCCGUUCACAAAGACUUCUUGUCAAUGGUGGAGGAGCUGCUGCAGCCGGACCCUCAUGCUCACCAUGAAAUCGGACGCUGCUUCUUGCACUUUAAGAGCCGUUUCCAGAUUUACGACGAAUACUGCGGGAACCACGAGAAGGCUCAGAGACUGCUGCUGGAGCUCAAUAAGAUCAGGAGUGUCCGCACGUGCUUACUGAACUGCAUGUUGCUCGGAGGCCGAAAAAACACAGAGGUGCCGCUGGAGGGUUACCUGGUAGCUCCCAUUCAGAGGAUCUGCAAGUACCCAUUGCUUCUCAGAGAGCUGCUAAAGAGGACUCCCAAGAAGCACAACGACUACGCCCUGGUGCAGGAGUCUCUGCAUGUGAUGAAGGCCGUGUGCUCCAGCAUAAACGAGGCCAAGAGACAGAUGGAGAAGCUGGAGAUUCUGGAGGAAUGGCAGUCACACAUCGAGGGUUGGGAGGGCUCCAACAUAACAGACACGUGCACGGAGAUGCUCAUGCAUGGCGUCCUGUUGAAGAUCUCAGCUGGAAACAUACAAGAGAGGAUUUUCUUCCUGUUUGACAAGCUCCUGGUUUACUGCAAGAAGAAAAACAGGCGUUUAAAAAACAGCAAGGCAGCCACGGAGGGUCCUCGCUACCUCUUCCGAGGGAGAAUCAACACCGAGGUGAUGGAGGUGGAAAAUGUGGACGACGGCACGGCCGACUACCACAGCAGCGGGAACAUAGUGAACAACGGCUGGAAGAUCCACAACACGGCCAAGAACAAGUGGUUCGUCUGCAUGGCCAAGACCCCAGAAGAGAAGCAGGAGUGGCUGGAGGCCGUCAUGAAGGAGAGGGAGCGGAGGAAAAGUCUGAGGCUCGGCAUGGAGCAGGAUACGUGGGUGAUGGUGUCAGAGAAGGGGGAGAAGCUCUACCACCUCAUGACCAAGGGCCACCUCAUUAAGGAUCGGAAGCGCAAGCUCACCACCUUCCCCAAGUGCUUCCUGGGAAGCGAGUUUGUGUCUUGGCUGAUGGAAAUUGGAGAGACAGGCAACCCAGAGGAAGGGGUUCACCUGGGUCAAGCUCUGCUGGAGAACGGCAUCAUCCACCAUGUCACAGACAAACACCAGUUCAAACCUGAGCCAGUGCUUUACCGCUUUCGCUACGAUGACGGCACCUACCAUCCCAGAAGUGACAUGCACGAUGUCAUAUCGAAGGGCGUUCGGCUCUUCUGUCGCCUCCACAGCCUUUUCACCCCUGUCAUCAGGGAUAAGGACUACCAUUUGCGGACCUACAAGUCAGUGGUGAUGGCCAACAAACUGAUAGACUGGCUCAUUGCACAGGGCGACUGCCGAACGAGGGAGGAAGCGUUGAUCUUGGGGGUGGAGCUCUGCGACAAUGGCUUCAUGCAUCACGUGUUGGAAAAGAGUGAGUUCAAGGACGAGCCCCUGCUGUUUCGUUUCUUUGCCGACGAGGAGAUGGAGGGCUCCAACACCAAACACAAGCCCAUGAAGCACGACCUGAAAAUAGUGGAGAAUGUCAUCUCCAAGUCCCUUCUGAUAAGACCCAGUGAUGGAGGCUAUGGCUUUACCCUGGAAGAGAGAAACAGAGUUCCCAUCAUCAAAUCUGUGGAGAAGGGAUCCCCAGCUGAGAUGGCCGGCCUGGAGGUAGGAAAGAAGUUGUUUGCCAUAAAUGGAGACCUGGUGUUCCUCAGACCUUUCUCUGAAGUCGAAGUUCUCCUCAGGCAGUGUUUCAACAGCAAAGGACCCAUCAGGGUGCUGGUCAGCACCAAGCCAAGAGAGACGGUAAAGAUCCCCGACUCGGCUGAGGGGCUGGGCUUCCAGAUCCGGGGCUUUGGUCCAUCUGUGGUCCAUGCUGUCGGGAGAGGCACGGUGGCAGCCAUCGCUGGCCUCCACCCGGGCCAGUGCAUCAUCAAGGUGAACGGCAUCAACGUGAGCAAGGAGAGCCACGCCAGCGUCAUUGCUCAUGUCACCGCCUGCAGGAAGUACCGGCGACCCACACAGCAAGAUACCAUUAAAUGGGUGUACAACAACAGUGAGAGUGCCCAGGAGGACCAGAAGACCAACCAGAAACCUGUCACAGAGGAGAACGGAGACGGCUUUGAGUGCAAAGUGGAAGAGGUGAUGGACAAAUUCAACACCAUAGCCAUCAUUGACGGGAAGAAGGACCACGUGAGCCUGACUGUAGACAACGUCCAUCUGGAGUACGGUGUGGUGUACGAAUACGACAGCACCGCCGGGAUCAAGUGCCACGUGCUGGAGAAAAUGGUGGAACCCAAGGGAUUCUUCAGCCUCACCGCUAAGAUCCUGGAGGCGCUGGCACGUAAUGAUGACAUGCUGGUGCAGAUGUGUGGCAGGUUGAGCUCCAGCUGUGAUGUGAUCCCAGAGGAGCUGCAGGUACGCUUCAGUGCCAUGUGUGGCGACAGGGUGGAGCACAUCAACCGACGCACCACCAACUACAGAAAGUUUGCCAGGGUACUGAAGAACAGAGCAUGGCCCACCUUCAAGCAGGCCAAGGCCAAGGUGUCCCCGCUCCACAGCAGCGACUUCUGCCCCACAAACUGUCAUGUUAACGUGAUGGAGGUCUCCUACCCCAAAACCACCACCUCCCUUGGAAGUGCCUUUGGUGUGCAGCUGGACAACAGGAAGAACACGCUGGAGAAGGGAGGGCGCGGCAGUGCUGAGCAGGGUAAACUGAACCCCAUGGUUAAUGUCCAGCACACCUUUACCACGAUGGCGGCCCCGUCGGGUCACAGCUUGGGCAGGACGGAGGGACACGGCCUUCGCUUCCUGCUCAGGGAGGACGACCUGCUCACCCUGGAUGCGUACCAGAAACUCCUCUACAAACUCACAACGGUUGUCAAAGAGAUGGAGACGCAUGGCGCCCACAUUCAUGACAUUCUAUCCUCCAUCACACACCCUCCAGCGUCAGAGGCGAGGACCCCGGAGAGUUACAUCUCCGCAGAGAGCGAGGGGGAGAAGGGCGAGCGCAACGGGAAGAAAGUGUGUUUCAACGUGGCCGGGGACGAGCAGGAGGACUCUGGACACGACACCAUCAGCAACAGAGACUCGUACAGUGACUGUAACAGCAACAGGAACUCCAUUGCCUCCUUCACUAGCAUCUGCAGCAGCCACUGUAGCUCCUAUGUCCACAGUGAUGAGAUGGACUCAGGAGAUGAGAUGCCCUCCAGCGUGUGGCUGUCCCACGAUAAGCAGAAGAAACUUCACAGCUUCCUGGAGCAUCUGUUCAGCCAGGUGGACUCAAUCACCAGCAUGCUGAGAGGAGCCGUGGUGGCGCGGGCGUUUGAGCAGACAAAAUGCUUCACGCCUGGAAGAGGAUUACAAGAGUUUCAGCAGGAGAUGGAGCCCAAGGUGAACUGCACCAAGAAGUUGCGUCUCCAUGUCAAGCAGGAUCCUUGGAACCUUCCCAGCAGCGUUCAGACCCUCACGCAAACCAUCGCGAAAUUUGUUGAAGAGGUGAAGACGAGGCUGCUCUUGGUCCUACUACAGUAUACAGACUCAGAAAUCCAGUUGCGUCGAGAUAUGGUGUUCUGUCAGUCUCUGGUCGCAGCUGUGUGUGCCUUCACAGAGCAUCUACUGGCCGUCCUCAACCAGUUCCACAGCGUGAGCAGGGAGAUGGACCAGGACAGCUCGGACCCCCAGGACCUACAGGAGACUCAGGAGGCCGGCUGCCGAUGGCUGGAGCAGAUCGCCAGCGCCGGACUGCUCUUCCACUUCCAGUCCCUCCUCUCCCCCAAUUUGACGGAUGAGCAAGCCAUGUUGGAGGACACUCAGGUCGCACUCAUCGACCUGGAGAAGGUCACGUUCUACUUCCGGCAUUUUGAAGGGGAGCCGCUGGUGGCCAACAAGCCCAUUUCCUACCAGGUGGAGGGCACACGUCAGGCCUUGAAGGUUUGCUUCUACCUGGAGAGAUCCUACUUCUCCCUGCUGCCUCACAGGCUGAAGAACGGGGGAGGCAUCAAGAUCUACCCUGUGCUCUUCACACAAGCACUGGAGAGUAUGGAGGGCUACUACUACAGAGACAAUGUUUCAGUGGAGGAAUACCAGGCCCAGAUCAAUGCCGCCUCACUGGAUAAAGUCAAGCAGUACUACAAGAGACUGAGUCUCUCCUUCAGGGCUUUCUACCUGGAUCAGUCCAACAUGCCACCCAGCGCUGCACCCAAAGCUGCCCUCAUCGAUAAGUUGAUGCGUCCCCUCAAUGCUCUGGAGGAGCUCUACCGCCUGAUGGAGAGUUUUAUCAGCUGUCGCCGCACCGCCGCCUGUCAGUACACCGCCUGCGGGGCCUCCGGAGUGGGACUGCUCACUGUGGCCUCCGAGCUCUGCUCUCGUCUCGGAGCCACACACAUUGUCAUGUGCAACAGCGGCGUUCAUCGCUGCACGCUGAGUGUGACGUUGGAGCAGGCCAUCCUGCUGGCCCGAAACCACGGCCUGCCGCCUCGCUGCAUCAUGCAAGCCACCGACGUCAUGAGGAAACAGGGGGCGAGAGUUCAGAAUUCUGCCAAGAAUCUGGGAGUGAGGGAUCGGACGCCAUCAUCAGUCCCAAGGUUGUACAAGCUGUGCCAGCCCCCUCCCCCCGAUGGUGACCCAUAAUGCACUACACCCAGGAAGGUGCUGAGCAGUGAGUCCGAGGCGUUCCGCGCCGGAAGUCUUCCCUCCGCUCAUGAAGGAUCAACCCAUCUGAACAUUUCUAUAUGCUCAGAACAGCUGCCUUAAGUGUAAAUAGACUUUCUUUUUUUUUUUUUUACGUAAAUAGUAUUUUUUAAUACUUUAUAUUUUUCACAGUUGUACUUUAUACAUAUUUUGACUUGUUUUUUUAUUGUGUAAUGCAUCUGACGUGGAGAUGAGAAAACAAAGGAUUUGAUCUCAAUGGACUUAAAUAAGCUCAGUGUCUUGGCUUCAUUGAAAAAUUUGCUUUUUUUCAUGUGGGACGAUUACAUGUCAUGUUUUUAGUUUCAUUUGCAUAUGAAAUAAGCAAGAUAACCUUGAUUCAAAAGAUAUUUUCCUUGUGUUUGUUCAGAUUAGCCAACAAUCUGUCUCUGUCCUCUGCCUCCUAUGCGUUAAUCACACGAAUGUCAUUUCUAACGCUUCCUGACAUGAUUUUUAUCUUCUGUAAAUAUACACUUUUAGCAGAAAGAAGCAGAAAAGACUCCUGCUGCUGUUUCCUAAAGAUUUUGAACUUCAAUGGCUGUCGUAUGCAUGAAUAUAAAGAUUUUCAAUGGUUUAUCAGUAUUAACACAUGAUAGUUUACGGGAAGUACAGCUGUGAGAUAUAUUCUGUUAUUUUAUAUAGACAGUACUCAGGAUUAAAGUGUCUCUAUGUGCUACUUAUUAUUGGAUGUUGUCAGUGAAGGGUGGAUUACUCAAUGCCAUGCAAACAGCCCAGUGAUAAUAAACUGCAUUAGUAAGCUCCAGUGCUGUUCCCACACGGAUGUCUCUGUUGUUCCAUCAAUGGUGAUAAAACGACUUAUUGCAGCAAGGAUUUUCCUCAAAACACUAAAAAUGUUUUCAAAUAUAUUAAAGCUGAUCAAAUGAGGUUAUGACCAAUUCACGACUGACUUUGUUUAUUCUGUAUUUAACAUGUAUCACUUGAACAAUAUCUCAGUGUAAUAAACAGACCUGCUUCAUGGAAAAACA